CAUGAGUGGAGGCAGAGACCCCAACCACGCUGCAGAGAUGGCCACUGAUUCGGACCCUGGCCGGGCAGCUGUCGCCUCGGCUUACCAGCGCUUUGAGCCCCGCGCCUACCUCCUCAACAACUACGCUCCUCCUCGUGGAGACCUGAGUAGCCCUGAUGGCGUCGGGCCUUGGAAGCUGCGCUGCAUGGCGCAAACCUUUGCCACAGGUGAAGUGUCUGGACAGGCCCUCAUCGACAUUGGGUCAGGCCCCACCAUAUACCAGCUACUCAGUGCCUGUGCCCACUUUGAGGACAUCACCAUGACAGAUUUCUUGGAGGUCAACCGGCAGGAGCUGGGACUCUGGCUUCGGGAGGAACCAGGAGCCUUCGACUGGAGUGUGUACAGCCAGCAUGCUUGCCUCAUCGAGGGCAAGGGCGAGUCCUGGCAGGAGAAGGAACGCCAGCUGCGAGCCAGGGUGAAGCGAGUCCUGCCCAUCGAUGUGCACCAGCCCCAGCCCCUGGGUCCUUCAAGCCUGGCACCCCUGCCUGCAGAUGCCCUGGUCUCCUCCUUCUGCCUAGAGGCUGUGAGCCCAGACCUUGCCAGCUUCCAGCGGGCUCUGCAGCACAUCACCACACUGCUGAGGCCGGGGGGUCAUCUCCUCCUUAUCGGAGCCCUAGAGGAGUCGUGGUACCUUGCUGGGGAGGCCAGGCUGUCUGUGGUGCCAGUGUCAGAGAAGGAGGUGAGGGAGGCCCUGGUCCUUGGUGGUUAUGAGGUACGGGACCUUCGUACCUACACCAUGCCUGCCCAUCUCCGCACGGGUGUUGAUGACGUCAAGGGUGUCUUCUUUGCCUGGGCUCAGAAGACGGGGGUGCAGGCAUGAGGGGCCCAUAUGCCGGGUGUCCUGUGCCUCCCAAAUUCCAUAUUACCUGAAGUGGUACCUAAUAAAGCAACGGUCCCCUGCUCGCCUGUGCUG